AACUGUCAUUUUUAUUGUUAAACAUUUGCGAACUCUCCUCCCAACGGGUUUAGCAGGAAAAUGCAUCAUCCAAAAGCAAAAAUGGAUGAAUUUAAAACAAAGUUUAUGGACUUGCUGCACAAACAGACCAAUAGGCAGUUGAAAAUACCAGCUAUGGGUUUCUCCGAUUACUUCAUACAGAGUGUCACAACUGAGCCUACGGAAGCUUCUGCAAACAAACUGAAAGCUGGAAGCAAUGCACCAACGUUAUCACCAAGUGGUGAAAGUGAUGCAUCUAAUUCUGAUACUGUUGAUACUACUGCCAACGCACAAAAAUCUGACCAGGAAAUACUGGAGAGUAUAGAGGAAAUAUAUUUUCAACCAGAAGGGGAGGAGGGGCGCAAUGUGCAUGGUCAAUAUGAACUUCAGAAAGUUUUUUCUGACGGUGUAAAUUUUCAACUAAUUGAUGGGACGAUUGCACAAUUGCGCACACAGCAUAAAGUCCUAUCAAAGCAAGUGCUACAAAACAUAUUAGAGCAACGUAGCGCUUGCAACGAGGAGUUUGCAUCCAUUAAUGAUAUACAAAAAGAUCUGGAAGAAUCCCUAUGGACUUGUCGAAAAGCACGUUCUUAUUUAAAUUAUGCAAAAGUCAAUUUAACCACAACCAGCCUAGAAAUAUUAGCCUCUUAUCGAAAGCGUGAAAUUCUUAAAGAGCUUUUAAAUACUUUGCUCGCGAUUAAAAAGCUGAAAUCUACUGACGUCGAAGUGCAAAAAUUUCUUUCCGACCAUAAUUACUCUGGUGCAAUUGGUUUACUGCUUAAGUGUAAAGAUUCUGCUGAAGAAUAUAUGCAAUACAACUGCGUGCAGUCAUUGAAUAAGAAGCUACAAGAAACCCUUUUGCUAACGGAGUUUCAGCUAGACACAGUUCUCAAUGAGAUGAUUUUGAAUUUUGAUAUGCGGAAGUAUGCGAAGCUGCAAGAAGCUUACAAACUGCUAAACAAAUCUCUAAUUGCUAUGGACCAGCUGCACAUAAAUUUCAUCUCCGCUAUACAUUCCUCUGUAAACUCAGUUUUACGCGCCUUCAACGACCCAAAUAUUGAUGAAAACAUGAAAUUCCUUUUCGAACAACUUUGUGAACAAGUGACUGUGGACAAAUACAUUUCCUGCUUGAUCAGCUUGUGCAAAACAUUCUGGACCAUACUGGCGUCCUAUUAUCAAAUUGUUGUUUGGCAUCAAAAUUAUAAGCUGUACCCCUUGGACAUGGAAGACUCGCCCGAUAUUUAUAUACAAGAAAAGCUGAAGAAGGGUCAAUCACGAAUUUGGAAUGACAUUCUAACAAAGAUUUGCACAUUUCUGCAAAGCACUAAACUCAAAACGUUGAAGUAUGAUCAAUUCAUACAAGUAUUAUCCAUAGUACAGCGUUUAAAAAAGGUUGGUCUGGAAUUUUGUGGUGAACAGUCCGACAAAUUGAUUGAAACAAUGCAAGUACAAAGUCAGGAAUUUUUCCAACGUUAUCACAUAACAUGCCUAGAGGAGAUAUGUCUCUUUUUGGAUAAUGAAUCGUGGACAACGGUGGACUCGUUUGUUAAUAUACUUCAGUUGCCGGAAUUUCGUUCCGUACGCAACACGUUGAGACGGCAUAAAUCACCGCCUGUCGCACACUUGCUCGUUUCAGCUACAUCAGUGAAUAAUUCACCAACAAGCAAUAACAAUUGUGACGAAUUAGUCUCGGUGCAUUCGCAAGACGGUGGUAGUUCCAUUUACGGUUCCUAUGGUUACUUUCUACGUUUCUCUGAGAAGAGUUCGCCAUUUGAUGGUGGUUUGGAUGUGGCUAUGCUCGAAGAGGACAUACUCUCCGGUAUUGUAGACGAGGCCUCCUGCUACUUCUCCGAGGACAGUGAUGACGAGCAAAAAAGCAUGCAAAGCAAAUAUGAAGAUGAUGCAGGCAAUACGUGUGUUAUUGUAAACAACACAACUUUGAACGUAUUCCGUUGCAUUGGCCGUUACCUACAAAUGUGUAAGUUGUUGCAUUGCAUUUCACCGAAAAUUGUGGCGAGCAUGUUGGAAUUGAUGGACUUCUACGCCUAUGCGGUGCAUGAAAUUUUCGGCAAAGAUGCUCCCGUGACGAUGGAAAAAUUUUACAACGCACGUCUUGAGCAAAAACUCCAAACAGUUCUGGAUAAUGUCGUAACAAAUAUAAAAAUUUGGCCACUCAACUUUUCAUCACUGAUUAAUAACGAGCUGGCGAAUCCAGAUACUCUGUACGGCCUUUCACAGCGCAUAGUUGCGAUAGAGAGUGGCCAUUGCAUGACACAGCAGUUUCAAACAUUACACAAUUACCUCAACCAUUUGCUAGCGCCACAAGAGCGACCAAUGCUAACGGCUUAUUUCGACUACAUUGAAUUCAUGGCGGACAUUGCACGUCCAGUGUACACCUGUGUUACUUCGCGCAUCAUUGAUUUGCCAGCGGUCUUAGCAAUGAUCAGCAAAGUGAAAUGGGAUGUCAAUCACGUCAGUUUUCAACAUAAUAAUUACAUUGAUAUCAUGAAUCGGAAUAUUCAAAGCUUUGCAAUGCGUUUGGAAGAAAUCGCCAAAGAAAUAAAUCUACCUGCGGAAAUUAUAUGGAACUCCAUGGCUCAUGUCGCGACGCAUUUGCUAGUAGAAGGUUUCUCGAAUAUAAAAAAAUGCUCUGCCGGCGGUCGGGCGCUAAUGCAACUAGAUUUUACAAAUUUCAUGUCCAUACUCGAAUUGAUUUCCAAUCAAAAAUAUCCAGCGCAUCGCAUUUAUGUUGAUAGUUUCAUAAAGGCAUAUUAUUACUCAAAUGAACAAUUCGAAGAAUGGAUUGAUGCGCAGCGUAAUCUGGAGCAAUAUUCCACAAAGCAACUAACCAAUCUCAUACAAUGUGUUUGCGUGAGUGACAAACGCACCAGACAAAAACUAUUACAAUUAUUAGAUGGUAAUAACACUAGUGUUGGAAAUGGCAAUAAUCUCAAUUUAAGUACAAGUAGCACAUAGUUGGAAUAUUUAGGUCAUGCAGCGUCAUAUUAAACGCCAAGUAUUUGGCCACUGCACAAAUAUUUAUAAUUUCAAAAAUCUAUAUGUUACAUAUCCACAUAUGAAUAUUUUGUGCUUUUCAAUGUUACGUUAAUGUCUCGAAACAUUCCUCUUUUGAUUUAUAUUUGUAGGCUUAUUUGUAAAUCGCUUUACCUCUUGUUAUUUAUAUGCACAUUGAGGUUGCCGUUGUUUCCUGAAGUUGAUGGUUAUUUCCCUUAAGGGUCGUAAACAAAAACUUUAUUUGAAUUUAAAUCGUGCCGAAAUAAUUUUUCUUUUUUUCAUAAAUUUUAAAUGAGAUU